CCGUUUACUUGUAGAGAAAGAAGAGAAUCCUUUUACAGAAGAACCAAAUCUACAUUCGAAAAGCUCCGAUCAGAGAUGGAUCCAAAGCUAAAGGAAGUUUCACAAUUUUUCGAGCGAUUCAAAGCCGCUUUUGUGCGUAACGAUUUCGGCGUUUGUACCACCCUACUCUCUCAGCUCAAGGUUCUGUUGACCGAAUUCAAAAGCCUACCUCCCCUAUUCCAAGAAACACCUAAUGCCAUCCAUGAGUUGACAAUUGCAAGAGAUAUUUACGAGCAUGCAGUUGUUUUAUCUGUGAAGAUGGAGGACCAAGAUGCUUUUGAGAGGGACUUUUUUCAGCUAAAGUCUUAUUACACAGAUGCACGUGGUCGUCUUCCACCUUCCCCGCAGGAAUACCCAAUCUUAGGUCUCAACCUUCUGAGACUCCUUGUACAAAAUAGGAUUGCUGAAUUCCACACUGAACUUGAGUUGCUUUCUCAAAAUGCUUUGAACAAUCCAUGUAUAAAGCAUGCUGUGGAAUUGGAGCAAUCUUUCAUGGAAGGGGCCUACCACCGGGUGUUGAGUGCAAGGCAGACUGUGCCAGAUGCAAACUAUGCUUAUUUCAUGGAUCUGCUUGCAAAGACUGUGAGGGAUGAGAUAGCUGGAUGCAGUGAGAAAGCUUAUGAUCGUCUUUCAACUAGUGAUGCUCGGCAAAUGUUGCUGUUCUCCUCGGAUCAAGAACUUCUUGAAUAUGUUAGGGAGGAGCAUCCUGAGUGGGAGAUCAAAGAUGGGUUUAUCGUCUUCCAAAAAGUAAAAGAUUCUGUGCCUUGCAAGGAAAUACCAUCCCUUCAGCUCAUCACUCAAACACUCAGCUAUGCAAGGGAGUUGGAGCGAAUUGUCUGAGAGGAUAUGCCUCUCUGUUCCUUUUGUCACUUCAACAUUUCAUAUAUUCAACUCUUAGUAGUUGACAUUUCGUUGUUCUGGUUGAAUUCAUUGCCUUUAACCUUCAUUACGAGCUAAUGAUAAUGAAAAGGAUGUGUUACGGGGACCAGUUUUUGUAUCUUAAACUGAUUGUGCAACUUUCUUUUUUGUGUUUAAUCUGCAUUUAAAGUCAGAUAUAUUUAA